AUGCUAAUUGGUCCUGUAAAGGCUGAUGAUCAACAGGACAAGAUUGGACGCCUUAUCGUGGAGUUUCUCAAUUAUCCCCAGAUACAUCCUCUACUCCCUGUCGAGUUCCGUGAUAUGGUGAUGGAUCGUCCGAGUGGGAUACGUAGCAAGCAGGACAAGGAUGGCUUUCAGCGUAUAUGCGCCGGUGUAUUAUGGGCGAAUAAGUCGGAAUGGGCAAAGUUGUUUGAGGAUCCCGCUUGGUGUGCUGGUAUGGAUGCGGUUGAGCACACUCGGGAUUCGGUUGAUGUUGCAGCGACUAGAGGAGUCAUUGACCGGCUGACGUUACGCUCUGCGCUCAUUCACCGACGGCGAACCAUCACAUCUGCCCAGACUUUUGUUGAACGGGUCCUUAGCCGUAUUGACAUCAUUCUGUGGUCCGUAGACUAUGCCAAGGUCGACCGGUUCAGCUGUGGACAAUUAUUUCGCAAGAUGUCCAAAUAUCAGUAUCCUCAAUAUUUUUCAGGGGUUUCGGAGAAGACGGCUUGGGAAGCGGUGGCUCCACAGUAUCGACAAUGGAGCAAGUCGCUCCACAAUGAGAUUACCGGCUAUAAUCGAAUGUAUGAAAUGUUUAUCAUGUAUGGACCGAUCAUUCUCAUGGAUCCUGUUUGGCAGGAGUCAGCAAUGCGCUCCCACUCGCGAUCAGCUGUCCAUGAUGCGCUCAUGAGGUUGAGUUAUUCGCUGGACGGUCCGUCAUACAAAGGGGAAAAGUACCACUUUCUCUCUCCCAAGAUACCUGCGAUCGAGCAGGCACUCCUUUCCAUGGUGGAACUUAUUGCCGGACCAUUCAUAGCGGAGCACAUCUUUAAUUUUCUCGAUGAAAUGCAGCCUCAUAUCAAGAUACGGUGUUGGCCAGGUUUUGAUAAGCAGCGUCCUAAUUCCGGUUAA